UAAAAUAUUUAAAUUAUUAGUUUGUUCUCUCAAAAUCCUUCCUUAAAAACCUUUCAUUCCAUCAUAUUUUCUCACACACAAACACAUAAUGAAAAACAUCAUUAACAAUGGCAACACAAAGCUCAUUCUUCUUCAUCCCUACAUCCAAAAACAAACACAUCCAAAUCGCCUCUGGCUAAUCGCUCUCAUCUCGGUGUUCACCAUAGCCUCCCUGCUAACCCUAGUCUACACCCGUGAAUCCUUCCACACAACCACCACCACCACUACCACGACCAUCACUGCCACCACCAACCACCACCACGAACCACUUCCCAAAUCGGUAAUCAAAGCCCUCAUCCACUACGCCGCCACCGCCAACACCACAAACCACAUGUCACAAACCGACAUCAAACAAAUCUCCGAUGUCUUAAAACAAUGCACAACCCCGUGUAACCUCCUUGUAUUUGGGCUCACGCCGGAGACCCUCCUCUGGAACGCCUUGAACCACCAUGGACGGACGGUGUUCAUUGAUGAAAACCGCUACUAUGCCGCCUACGUGGAGGAGAAGUUCCCGGAGAUUGAAGCGUAUGAUGUUCAAUACACCACAAAAAUUAGUGAGCUUAAAGAACUUAUCACUUCCGUGCGAGAACAAACGCGCAACGAAUGUCGCCCGGUUCAAAAUUUGUUAUUUUCUGAUUGUAAAAUUGGAUUAAAUGAUCUUCCUAAUCAAUUAUAUGAAUUGGAUUGGGAUGUGAUUUUAGUGGAUGGUCCACGUGGAUAUUGGCCGGAGGGCCCAGGGAGUAUAUCAGCCAUCUUCACCGCCGGUGUACUUGCCCGGAGCAAAAAAGGUGGCAACCAUAAAACACAUGUUUUUGUGCAUGAUUACAAUAGAGAAGUUGAAAGAGUGUCUAGUGAAGAGUUUUUAUGUAAAGAGAAUUUGGUCAAGUCUUCUAAGGAUUUGUUGGCUCAUUUUGUGGUGGAGAGAGUGGUGGACGAGGGUGGCAAAAACCAGUUUUGUCACAGCCAUCCGGCGGCAUCGUAGGCGGACCACCACUCUGGCUCCAACAUUUUAUUUGACAUAAAGAGGCGUAAAAAUUUGAUUAAUCGUGUCAUUUUCUCAUAAUGCAUCGAAGGGCUCUCCAUAAAAUGCGGUUCGACCCUUUGUAAUCAAAAACCAUUUGUAGCACAUAGAUUUUUUCGUCAUCUACAACAAAUUUGAUAUCAGUAAAAUACAAAAUAACAGUCUUUUA